CACUUUCAGUUCCUUUUCUCUUUCAGCUUGGAAUGCUGCCAAUUAACCCUACUUCCAUUGUCACCCUUCCCAAGUUCUCCAUUGUUACAUUCUCAUUUCCUCAUUCUAACACCAUCUCUAUUCGUUGCAACGCCGCCUCUGACCCAUCCUCCUCCUCUUUCAACUUCGUCGGUGCUGAUGUCGCUUCCGCCGGCUCCGGAAAUUUCAAGGCACUUCUCCGGUGGAGAAGCGAACGGCGAGUAACACCAAAAUACUAAAAUUAAUGCCUGGGAAAAGCCUUGGUCGCGCAACCGAGAGAGCUACAUACUUGGCCGAUGAUAGUGAACCUCUUCCUCUUCCCAUGAAUUAUCCUGACACUUGUCCUGUUUCGCCCGACGAAAUUGACCGUCGACUUUGCUGUGAUCCCCAAAUACAGGAUUGCAAGGAAGUCGUCUAUGAGUGGACUGGAAAAUGUCGGAGUUGCCAAGGAACGGGGUUUGUAAGUUACUACAAUAAACGAGGGCAGGAGACCAUCUGUAAAUGCAUACCUUGCCUUGGAAUCGGUUAUGUGCAGAAGAUUACAGCACGCAAGGAUAUCAAUGUUAUGGAGGACUAAGGCUUUUUUCACUAUGGAAUCCUAGUAUUCUUUAAGGUGCAAAGAGGUUGCCAGACUGACAUUUUUUGGAGUCAGCUAGAAGAUAGAUGCCUCCAUACUACAUUCAUAAUGCAAGAAACAAGUUAUUGAAGAUCAAGGCCGGCAUUCUGGGAAGAAUGAUGAUUAUUUUCUAGAAGUAAAUGCUAUUAGUUCAUUUAUUCCCUUGAUUAUUUCAUAUACAUGUUAUACAUUGACGUUGGACUCUUGGUUGUUGAUAAAUCAUUGAUGAAUGAUAGAUCUCACAUUUUGCAACACA